AUCUUUGACUUUAGACUCCAUAAAAGCUCCAGGUAGAUGUGCAGACAAAGCAACAAAAUCAGAAAAAGCGACAAGAUGUUUAAUUUGCUUUCAUUCGCUCUGAUCGUCGGAUUCAUUGCAGCGGCUGCUUACCUUUUUCGAUCAAAGCUGAAUGUUCCACCAAGUCCGAUAGGUUUGCCGGUGAUCGGACACCUCCACCUGCUAAAAGAUCCAGUUCACCGUUGCCUACAUAACCUCUCUCGGAACCUCGGUCCAGUGUUUUCGCUCAGGCUCGGCUCUUGUCGUGCCGUGGUCGUCACGUCAGCUUCCGCAGCGGAGGAGUUUUUAUCUCACGAAAAUGAUGUUGUUUUCGCAAACAGGCCGAUCAGUACUUUGGGUAAAUUCGUUGCUUACAACAACUCGAUAGUCAGCGUCUCUCCCUACGGAGACCACUGGCGAAACCUCCGCCGUAUCUGCACCGUGGAGAUCUUCUCAGCCGCUCGUCUCAGAGAAUCGUCCGAGAUCCGGAGAGACGAAGUGAGGUCUCUCGUUCGGACGAUCCACAAGGCGACGUCAGGAGGAGGAGACAACUCUGUCCGAGUGGAGCUACGACCGUUGCUUUCUGGGUUUACGUUGAACGUCCUUAUGAGAAUGGUCGCUGGAAAAAGAUACUACGGCGAAGAUAACACGGAAGCAAAGGAAGUGCGGGAGCUGAUCAGCGAAACGUUCGAGCUCGCUGGGUUUACUUAUGCCGGUGACUUUCUUCCGAUUUUGAAACUGUUUGAUUUCAAUGGAUACGUUAAGAGAGUGAAGAAACUUGGCUCGAAAUUGGACAAGUUUCUACAGGAACUGGUCGACGAGCACAGAAGAAACAGAGGAAAAACAGAGUUCAAGAACACAGUGAUCACGCAUUUGCUAACUCUUCAAGAAUCGCAACCUGAGUACUACACUGACGAGAUCAUCAAAGGACUCGUAAUGGUGAUGAUAGUUGCCGGGACCGACACAACGGCAGUGACACUGGAAUGGGCAAUGGCUAACCUUCUAAAGUACCCAGAUGUUCUAGCGAAAGCCAAGGAGGAGUUAAACAAUGUCGCCUCCAGUAAAGGGCGUUUGAUGGAGGAGUCUGAUACGAGCACUUGCACAUAUAUCAACAAUGUGAUCUCAGAGACUCUUCGACUGUAUCCUGCUGGGCCAAUGCUGGUCCCACACGCAUCUUCCGUUGACUGCAAAGUUUCUGGGUAUGAUAUUCCACGUGGUACAUGGCUAUUCAUCAACGCGUGGGCUAUUCAGAGAGAUCCCAAGGUAUGGGAUGACCCUGAGGCCUUUAAGCCGGAAAGGUUCGACAGUGAAGAGUUAAAGACUCAUCAUGGUAAGUUUCUACCAUUCGGAAUAGGUAGAAGAGCGUGUCCUGGAAUGGGGCUGGCACAAAUUGUAUUGAGCUCAGCUUUAGGAUCAUUGAUCCAGUGUUUCGAUUGGGAGAGGGAUGACGAGAUGGCAGUUGACAUGUCGGAAGGAACCGGUCUUACCAUGCCCAAAGCUGUGCCUUUAGUUGCCAAGUGCAAGUCUUCACCAAUCCUAGACAACGUUGUAUUCUAAUUUCUCUUAAUGCGUGAGCCCAGACAACGUUGCCAAUCUUAGACAAACGUUGGAUGGUCAUUUACAUUGCUAAUAAGAAAAUUCUUCUUCUAUUUUGUUUGAAUUGUCGAGAAACUUAAAUAUUUAAUCAUGAAUCGAGAUCGCUCACUCGAUUUCCUCUA